ACACAUCAUGGAUGUCGCAUCGCAUCCAAGCGAACGCUCCAUGGACUACAGCAACGAAGAUACAGCAUCAAGACAGCCGCAGACGAUGGAUCCUAUAGCAAACGACCACAGCGACAACAAACACACAACUGCCGACAUGGAAGUCGACUGUACGACGUCAGCACCCGCGUCAGCACCCGAAAACGACAGCGAGUGCGAUAGCGAACCCGAGGGUCGACCAGAAAUGGUCGCCAUCACCGUGUCGCAUCGCGGCCACAGGUUUCCCUUCGAGCUCGAUGCCGACCUCACCGUCACCGACCUGUUCCGCGAGAUUGAAAACGUGCUCGAGAUACCCUUUGAGAACAUCAAGGUCAUGGUGCCCAAGGGCCCCUUCCUCAAGUACCCCUUCAAAGACGCCGAGUAUUCGGUCAAGAACCUCGCCGGAAAGACGGUCACCGUCAUGGGCUCGACCAACGCCGACGUACAAGCCGUCCAGUCAAUGUGCCAGAAACUCAACAACAUCAAAGCGGCUCGCGAGGCGCAGCGAUCCAAGGCAAAGAGCAAGACACCAGCCAGACGCCGCGGCGUGCAGUCUGCCGAAGACUCCAAAUACACAUUCUUGCAAGUGCGGCCGCUUAGCGGGUUGCCUCAUCCCGAGCGCAGCCUCAAGCUGCUGAUGCGACUCAAGGAGGAUCCUGGCAUCAGGGCGGCCAUGCGCAAGCACAAGUUCACCGUUGCGCUCCUGACGGAGAUGGAACCGCUGGCACACACGCAGUCGACGCAUGAAGGAACGACGCGCAUCCUGGGUCUCAACCGCAACCAGGGCGAGGUAAUUGAGCUGCGACUGCGGACCGAUGCCCACGACGGCUACCGCGACUACAAGACGAUUCGCAAGACUUUGUGCCACGAGCUUGCCCACAACGUUCACGGGCCGCACGACAGGCAGUUCUGGGAUCUGUGCCACCAGAUUGAGCGCGAGGUCGACGCUGCCGACUGGAAGUCCGGCGGCCACACCCUCGGCGAGACGUCGCGAUACCACAUUUCGGGCCAGGACCAGGAAGAGGAGGACGUCCACGAGGAUGACGGCGGCUGGACUGGCGGCGAGUUUGUGCUGGGCGGCAGCAGAAAAGCGAGCAGCGCGGGUCUAAGUCGACGGGAGAUUCUGGCGCAGGCUGCGCUGGAGAGGCAGAGGAAGGAGGCGGAGGAGGAGGCGACUGCGGUGGAAGCGGUGGAGAGGGGAUGGAGGCCGUGCCAGAGGCCGCAGCCGAACAAUGAUGGCAACAUGUGA